AAAAAAAAAAAAUUGGCUGGCCAGCUAUUUUUUUGUCCGGCAGAAUGUUUUUUUGGCUGGCUGGCUAUGUUUAUAAAAAACAAAAAAUUCACAUAGUACUGGACGUUAGGAAGAGACGAUUGGAUAGACUAAAGUUGCUCAUUAUUUGCUUAUGAUGUGUUUGGUUAGGGAAUUUGAGGUGAGAUUUGGAAAAGGAAAUGGAAAAUGUAGGUGAAAUGUGAAUAAAACAUGCCUAAAUUUCACCUAGUUUCACACACUUUUUUCCUUUCCCUUUCCAAAUCCUUCCUCAAAUUUCCCAACCAAACAUAACAUUAACGUCACUCGUUUUUCAGCCAAGUUAAUCCCUUGCCAAAAAAGAUUACCAAGUCAUCCAAAUUGUGCAGCCAACCUUUUCAAACAACACCGAAACAUACCGCAAGUAGAACUCACACACCGCAAUCCUACUUCAAUCUGGCCACUGAAACGGCCAAACAAACGGGCCCAUGUGAAUUACCAACUAUGCCAUCGAAUAGCAAGAUUCAAGUAAGGAAGGGGUCACAUGAUCCGGGGUAAAAUAAAUUUUUACCGCGCAUUCAUCUCCAAUUCAAAAAUUUCCACUGUUUUCCCACUUCUCUACUUCCCCCAAGAUCCGAUUCCCCCAUUUGAAUUCAUUAACCCGCCAUGUCCAUGUGAUUCUCAAUAAUGAAACAAUAAUUCUCCCUCUCCUUUUUUAACGGUCUCUCUCUCUCUCUCUCUCAAAAUUCUCCAUCUAAACCAAACUAGAACUCUCCUUUUUCAUCUCAUUGAAGAGGAGAUCGAUUCGUCAAAAGCUGGUUGAAGAAUGUCGUCCCUGCCACCCCCUCCAGAAUCUCAAACUCGAAACCCAUACUAUUACAGCCGCAAAGAAAAAUCUCUUGGCGUCUUGUGCACCAAUUUUCUAAAGUUGUAUAAUCGUGAUGGUGUGGAAUCGAUUGGAUUGGACGAUGCUGCAAACCAAUUAGGUGUUGAAAGGCGGCGAAUCUAUGAUAUUGUCAACAUAUUAGAGAGUGUUGGAGUUUUAUCAAGAAAAGCAAAGAAUCAGUAUUUUUGGAAGGGUUUUGGUGCGAUCCCUCAGGCUUUAGAUCAGCUAAAGGAAGAAGCAUUGAGGGAGAACUUUUCCACCUCAGGUUGCUUCCAUUCUGCCAAUGCUUCAAGUGAAAAUCACAAGGGAGGGCCUUCCAAUUCUAAAACUGAUAGGCAAGAAAAAUCCUCAGCGUCAUGUAAAGUUGACAACAGGAAGGAGAAAUCUCUGGGGCUUCUUACUCAGAAUUUUAUCAAGCUUUUCAUUUGUUCCAGUGUGGAUUUGAUUUCCCUUGAUACUGCUGCAACAGCAUUGCUUGGUGACAUCCAUGAUCCAACAGCUAUGAGAAAUAAUUCUGCAGCAAAAGUCAGGCGCCUCUAUGACAUUGCAAAUGUCUUUUCAUCCAUGAAUCUCAUUGAAAAGACUCAUCACCCAGAAAGCAGGAAACCAGCAUUCAGGUGGUUGGGGUUGAAAGGAAGUCCAAAGAAUGGACAUGCAACUUCUUUGGAUUUGAACGAGUCUAGAAAAAGAAUGUUUGGAACUGAGAUCACCAACACUCUUCCAAAGAAAUAUAAAACAGAUUCUGCACUUGAUUGUAAUUCGAACCAGAAUGCAGAUAUGCCAACGCAUAAGAGACGCAGCAAUUUGAAAGAUGAACAUGGUAGGAACUCAACAGAGCAGCAGGGGAAACAUAGCUCCAAGGGUUUUGUGUUUGGCCCUUUCACUCCAGCCAACAUGCCCAAGGUAGGAGAUUCAGAAAACAAAAAUGCGAGGCGAGUUCAAGGCUUGGAGGACCUGGCUUCUUCUUAUCGUCCUCUAUAUCGCAACCAAGCAUUUGAAUGAUGUAGAAGAUGGUUUUCUUGAUGGUGUGGCAGCUCUUAGUGACCUCUUUGGUCAUUAUGUUGAGGCAUGGAAAUCAUGGUAUGAUGAAGUUGCCGGGAAGAAGCAAAUUCAAGAAGUAUCCUGACGCCAUACUCACAUAACGACGCACAUGUUCAACAGGGAAACCCUAUAACUCCACUGAUUCUUGAUGAGUUUAUGGCUUCUUGUUGGAUGCAUUUUUUAGAUGCACCAGCCAGAGCAGCCAGCUUCAAUUUAUUAUAGCAUUGAUGAUUUUUCUUUCUUCAAUUCCAUGUUUGUAAUUUAUACUCCUAGUUUCAUAGCUUGGAUGGAUGACCAUGUAAGUAAUGCCUCAAUGAUGAAUAUGUUUAGCAAGUAUUCGUGUUUUGAGAA